ACUAAACUUAUAAUACUUUCGUUUCAAUACCCAACCCUUUUCAGAAAUUUCAUUUUUUCACAAAAACGAAGAGAAAAAAAUUGCAGAAAUUUAUAAUUGGAAAGUGUUGGAGGAACCAACUACGCACCCGGACAUAGGGGACAAUUUUUUUCCAAUAAACUUAUAUGAGUAACAUGAGGACUUAUUUGAAAGGACAGGUUUUUAUGUGGCUGCUUCUGUAAUUUUGCCGCCCAGAAAACACUAACCUUUUAUAACUGAACGACACAGUUUGCUUCUCCCGUUCGACCUCCCAUCUUUCCUUCGAUUCCUUCUCUCAGACGAUGGUGAAAAUCCAGAAACCCAAAAAACAAAAACUCAGCAAUAAAAAAAUUAAAAAAACCGUCAAAAGGAUAAAAAACAAACCCCACAAUUCGGAAAAACCGACAGUCCCCGAAUCUGAACCCGGAUCCUCCGACUCCGACUUCGAUACGGAAACCCUUUCCGAGCUAUUGGAGCACUACACCAGAGACCAGCUCAUCAAUCUUAUCUCCGCGGUCUCACUCGAAAACUCCUCGUUCCUCUCCUUUGUCCGCCUCUACGCCGGUAGCGACGCCGCUCAUCGAAAACUUUUCGUCCAUAACCUUGCGUGGGACACCACACGCGAGUCCCUCGCGUCGGCCUUCGAACCGUUCGGUGAGAUCGAGGAUUGCAACGUCAUCGUCGAUAAAGCCACCGGCAAAUGCAAAGGUUACGGGUUCGUUCUCUUCAAGGAACGAAAAUCGGCUUCCAAGGCGUUGAAAGAGCCGAAAAAGAAGAUCAACUACCGAAUAACGUCAUGCCAGUUGGCAUCCGUGGGUCCCAUCUCGGCUGCAAAGGAUUCAGAUCAGACCCACCACAAAAAACCGGCUGAUGUGAAGAACAAAAACGUGGCGGAGCCAGCUGUACUUUUUCCGCCACAGCCGCAGGUGUUGGCGGCGACGCAGAAUUUCCCAUUGUUGGGCCAUAGUAAUCCGAUUUAUGGGAGCUUGUUAGGGAGCCAAAUUAGUCCGGUGACGCCGCUGGGGGCUACGAGCAAGAUGGCGGUUACCGCUGUGCCGUCGGCUGCGACGAGCUACGUGGGUGUCGUGGGAGGAGCGUUUGGGAGGGAAAAUUCGUCAUUGCUAGGUCAGUACGGGGCAGGUCAAGGGCUACAAUAUUUAUAUCCAAAUAUGCAAAUUGAGCAGCAGCCAGGGACAAGGAGAGGUCAGGGGAAAACUACGACCGGGGCUUUUUCUGGGUAUCCCUCAUACAUUUGGUAUCAGACUCUGCUUCCUUUACAGGCUAGGAAAAACAAUUAAUCAAAGAAGCUUCAUGAGUAUGGGAUUCUAUUUCUAUCCUAUGUACAACCGAAUCAAAGAAGCUUUACGAAAACUUAACUGUUGUACUUUGAAAGCAAAGUUAAGAGCAUCAAUCCUUGUAAGCAUCUUGGAACAGAGAUUUGCAAAGAGGGGCAGCAACAAUGGGAAUAAUUUUUUUUUCUGUUUCCUGAUGCUUAGAAGCAAAUGACAUGACACCUCAACUUUGGGAAAUAUGCUUUCUUCCUACAGGCAAGAAGAAUUGGACUCCUCCAUUUUUGUCCCUUUGGAACCCAAGUCAUAUCCAACAGUUUCACAGUGUACAAGAAUAAAAUCUCCAGAGAACUUGGCUGUCUGUGUUAUAUACCCUGAUCCUGUAAGAAAUUUUCCGUCGAGCCUACCCGCUCAUUAAAUGUUUUUUUCUAACCAAAAUACCUUCAUCCAGUCUAGCGUGAUUACUAAAUCAUUCAUAAUUUCAGUUUCAGACAUGGUGUGACGUGUCGGCCUAUGAUUUGUCAAGGAUAUUAUCCAAUGGAAUAUUCGAUUCCGUAACAAGAAGUUUGACUUUUUAUGUUUAAAACAAGACAAGACAAGAAGAUUUUAUACAAAUAACUAUAUUCCACGUGCGACAAGUCGGAAACUCAAAUCUCAAGCUACCCCCGAACAACCACAGGUAAUGCUUCUCUUUUCUCUGCUCCCCAUCGCGUACGUUAGCAAAAUAAACAAUCAAAAAGACACCAAUAGGAGAACCGCCCAUGUCAGUCACCCCCAACCACCCCAAAGAAAAUCUAUUAGGGAUCCUAGGUCGCCAAAAAAAAAAUCAAUAGCAGCGCAUCUUGGCAGGAAUCUAAUGCAAAACAACAAGGAAAAUGCAAAUUGUUCAUUGGUGAAAUCAAUACUCUAACAAAGAAAAGCGAAAAACAAUGGAAACUAAACAAAAAGAAAAAAGAAAAGAAGAGAGAGAAAGAAACAGGCGAGCUGCCCAUUGACAAAAACACCUUACCAUGAGAAAGCCCCACAACGGCGCAUUUUAGCACUAAUCGGAAGCAAAACAGACAAAAGCGCAGCGAAAAAUAGCAAGUCACUAAAGAAAAAGAUAAACUUUAAACAAGACAAAAAAGGGCAGAGCAAAAGAGGCGAGCAACCAAUGAAAAGGCGCAAAAAAGAGGUUUUUACGGCGCAAGAUAGCAUGUAAGGUAGAAGCUAUAAAAAGACAAAAUGGAAAAGUACUAAAAAAAGGGAAAGCAAAGUUUAUUAGUAUUAG